AGAAGAAAAUGCGAAACAAUUCCGGUUCCGGAGACUCAAAGUGUUGACCUGACAAAAUGCUCGCCCGGUUGUCACGGUUUGGGCCUGCCUUGGCCCGUUCUCGCCUUAAUCUUGUGUGCGGGACUCGGUUCGUAUCUCAAUCGCCACCAUCGGGUGCUGCUGGUUCGGCCACAGUGUCGGAUUUGCAGCCUUCACAUGCCAAGGAAAGUCAUGGACACGCAGAGGUCAGCGCGUUCGAAAAGAAUCGAGAUUAUCAUGGGUUCUCUCAGGACCCUGUCGUUGACGAGUGGAACAUGAGGAUGGCCUUCUUCUUUGGCAUCUCUAUGGCUAUUGUGGUUGGGGGUACCUUCAUCCACUAUUUACCAGACCAUGGUAUGAGGCAGUGGGCCAGGAGGGAAGCAGAAAGGUUGAUCACACAGAGGGAGGCUGCAGGCCUUCCUCUAAUGGAGGAGAACUACUAUGACCCAAGCAAGAUUGUGCUACCAGGAGCCGGAGAAGAGUAGGAUGUACUAUAAGGAGCUGCACAUUAAUAAUUUGUUUAUUUCUCUGACUGUAAAUUUCUCUUCAGUAUGUUAUAAAAAAUACACUACUCUACUACACCAUUGCUUGAUCAUUCUUUUGUAGCCAGUGGUCAAACUGAAUAGCCUUUAGUAGCAACUGUGACCGUAUCAGUGAUCAUGAAAUGGUACGAUAGAGUCAAACUACUGGAGUCAACUCUGUGAGCCCCUUGUAGUUGCCCCGGGCCAUGCCAUCACAUCUCCAAUGGAUGAUACCACAGCUGUGAAAGUGUGACUUUGUUAUCAUGCAUCGCCCCCUUUAUUUUGACUGCUCUAAUUUGGUAACCAGUUUAUAAUAUCAAUAAGGCACUUCUGAGUUUGUGUUAUAUGGCCAAUAAAACACGGCUAAAGGAAUUUUAAUUUUGGAAAUCUGUUCCAAAGUAUUCCAACGCAUAAUACAGAGAUACAGUAUGUGAUCGUAUACAAAUGUAUCCGUUUCGGGUACCUGCGGUCAAAUUGCAGUCAACAAAUUAUUUGUAAUUACAUUCCGGGCCCCCUGACAAUACACUCAAGAUUCUUUUUUGGCUCGCUGCAGAAUCUAGUUGAUCUCAAGCCUAUAACCUCUCACAUAUAGUAUGUUAUAUUCACUUCUGCAGUAAAAUGAUACAACAAAUGUUAAUUUGUCUCUGGAAAAGGAGUGGAGAAAUAUGAUUUAUUUCUUGAAAACGUGAAGAUGUGUGUAAUGUGUUAUUUGACACUUAUGCAGACAGUAUUUCAACCACAUUGAAAUAUGCACCCAAUAUUAACUUAGGUCUUAUCAGAAAAAUGUUAUUUCCUUAAUUAAACUGACAUUUGCACAAGA